CUGGAUUUCUGAUUGGCUCAGAUCGUUGAUCCGGGUACUGCGCAAGAACGAGCCCAUUAGCUAAAGGUACCAAUAUGGCGGAGGCUUCCCUAGGGAGUUCAAGUCCAGUUGGCUCUUUAUCGUCAGAGGACCAUGACUUUGACCCAACAGCAGAAAUGUUAGUCCAUGAGUAUGAUGACGAGAGGACUCUAGAAGAGGAAGAGUCUCUGGAUGGAGGGAGGAAUUUCAGCUCAGAAAUUGCAGAUCUUGAAAAGGAGGGGAACAUGCCUUUGGAAGAGCUUUUGGCCAUCUAUCGCUAUGAGGCCUCAGCAGGGUCUAGUAUAGACAGCUCCUCUGGAGACCUGACUGAUGAGCUGCCUGACAUGACUCUGGACAAGGAGGAAAUAGCUAAAGAUCUCCUGUCUGGGGACUAUGAGGAGGAGACCCAGUCCUCAGCUGAUGAUCUGACCCCUUCAGUCACAUCCCAUGAGGCUACCGAUUUCUUCCCAAGAACACUUCGAUCUAAUGCUGUCUCCGAUGGCGAUAAAGAGUCGGAGUGUGAUGAAGAUGGCCCAAGCCCAGAGGACUCAAGAAAGGAAAUAAUGGUGGGAUCACACUACCAAAACAGAGGGGGCCCCUUUUGGCCUUUGUUUACUUUCAAAAAUGGAGAAAAGACCCCAGAGCGUAACCACAUAUCUACUUUCAUUUUAGAAAAAUCACCUCCAUGGUCAGAAGAGGAAUGCAAGAACUUUGAGCAUGCACUACAGAUGUAUGACAAGAAUUUUCACCUCAUACAGAAACAUAAAGUCACAACACGAACAGUAGCUGAAUGUGUGGCGUUUUACUACAUGUGGAAAAAGUCUGAGCGCUUUGACUUCUUUGUGCAGCAGAAUCGGUUUGGGAAGAAAAAGUAUAGCUGCUAUCCUGGUGUAACUGACUUGAUGGACCGGCUGGUGGAUGAAGCGGAGGGACUGGCAGUGGACAGCUCCUCCUCUGUGUGUUCAGGAGCAGGUGGAGGAGGACGGCUGGAGGCCACCACCGACCAACAGCUCAGUCUGCUGAACUCCAUCACUGCCAGCGACCUCACAGCUUUGAGUAACACUGUAGCCACAGUGUGCAACCCUGCAGAGGUUGGUUGCAUGGACUCCUACAGCUUUCCCCCACUGGAAAGUCUCCAUCGGGGUUCUCUGAACCACGACGAAUCCCUCGGGUUCCCUUCCAAUGGCGCAGACACCGACUGCCUCAACAUGCUCGACGCCGGCUUCUACCACUCUGACCUGGGCCAGCUAGGAGGAGUGUGUGUCAACAAGGACUGCGAGCGGCCCUCCAAGAGACUCAAGAUGGCCCUGCCUGACUCCUUUAUCAAUGACGUGUCUGUCGGUAACCUUGGAAUGGACUUUGAAGCACGACGGACAACAACGCACCACCACCGAAUCACCGGCGCAAAAAUGGCAGUGUCUGUCACAGACUUUGGGAGCUUGGCUGGCAGCGGCGAGCCCAACGGUUUUCUGGGAGCACAUGCACGGCACCACACACAGCACACUGCAGCACUUCAGUCAGAGUGAUCUUCCUCUUCUUCAUCCUUUUGUUCUUCCCUUUUGAAACACCUUAUCCCGCUUGUGCAUAAGACUGACCUCACUGGAGAUUCCAAUUUGUUUUUAAUUCUAUUAUAAAUAUAUAUAUAUAUAGAUAUAUAUAUAUACUUUUUGUUUUCAUUUUUUGUGUAAUAUGACAUCAGUGAUGUCUAUCAUAUAGAACUAAAAUCUUGAUUUCUCUCAAGAGUUUAUAUAGCCAUUUAUUUUAUUCUCGUUUUUGCGAUGCGUCUUGAGAUGUGUAACGUCCAUGUACAGUGGGGCCCAGUGGCUGCAGUAGGAGAGUUGUGUAUCUUCCUCCCUCGUAUCCUCACACAACAUCUUCAGAUCUAGAGUAUGUUUACUUGCCAUUCUUUUCAGCUGCCAAAAUUGACUCAGUUUUCUGUGUCAGUAUUUAGUUGCUUGUCUUUGUUGUUUGAAGUGGUACUUUCUUUUUUAAUUAGUGUUUGGUUUACAGGUACUUUCUAGUAACCAGGCUGGUGCAAAUGGUUUUAUUUGUCCCCAAAUAAACCUGGCUAGAUAUUGUAUGAAGAGCAACACUAGCAUGGAGAAGAGCUUGGAGAACAGGAAGUGUGCUGGCUUCAGCGGUUAAGGCCUUCGAGUUUGGUUUUUCUUUUCUUUUCUUUUUUCUGUCAAAGCUUGUCUGCAGUUGGUCUGCUUUCUUCUAAACUGUUCAGAGUGGCCAUGUUGGAACAUGUGAAUGUUUGACUAUUAUUCAUCCAAUUUGGUCAAAUCCAAAUUAUUGAUACUGAUCAUUUUUUGUAUUGACAUUUUUAAACAGCUGAUGAAGAAUACCUGUGCAAAAUAGCAUAGUGGCAGUCACCUCGUUUUACAGUUGAGAUAUCAAGUUUUCUUUUGAAAUCCUGCUUCUUUUAGGAGGGUUUCAAUCAGACAAGCAAACCAUAACAAUAUUGCAAUGCAAAGAUAUUGGUUAGGUUAAUAAUGAUUUAAACGUAGACCUCAUCAGGCACUGUAAAGUGUGUAUUUAUUACAUAUACUAUUACCUUUGAGCUGUUAAAUCCUUUCACUGAUGCUAUACUUAAGAGAGUUUAGUUGUAUGUGCCCUUCAGUUGUAGGAAAAAUUAAAGUUUAGAUUUUGCUCCUAAAUCAAGUAAUGCAAUUUUCAGACCACUUAGCAAGCUUGGGUAAACCUGCUAGCAGUAUUAUCGCUUUAUUUUAAGCCACUCAGAUUUUGUAUUUAACCUCUGCCUAACCCGUACUGACUAGAGAAUGCCUUGUCUAAUCUAGUCGACAGUUUUUGGAGUCUAGUAGCAGAAAUGGAGCUCUUGUCUCUUGACUGAAGUCCAUAAUUAUGAAUUGUAAAAUGUUUAGCGGGUCAUUGUCAGUUUAUUGGAUGCAGUAGUGUUUACUUAAUUUAUCUAUGCAUUGUGCUUAUGAAUAAUUGGUUUGUUUCAGGGGUACAUCAUGUAUGUCAUGUCCAUAGAUCCAGUAAUUUACCAAUGUGUGUACAGACAGGAUUCAUGCUUAUAAACCAUUAUCAAGUAUGAUCAAGUUAUUCAUUUUCCAAGGCCAGCAUCAGAGAAGAUAUUCCCUUCUACUUUCAUGUAAAUAAUUAGCAAAUAGCCUUUAAAAAAGUCUAUAACUGACCUCUUACACUUGUUGAUACAAAGGUUUUAAUUUGAUUCCUUGUCAAAAGGCAAUAAUUUGUAGAUAUGUACAGAUAUUUUGGGUUUUGCAUUUUACCAGUUGACUUGGUGUUUAUAUUUUGUUUGUCCUUUUGGAAAAUCAUGACCCCCCAGAACACAGCUGAAACCACGCAUGCCAGCUGUGUCUGUUUCUCCAGUGUACCACUGAAAACGGCUUUACCUGAAGACGUAUUGAUAUUACUCAAUGUUGCAAUUUUGCCUUCAAAACUUGCGGCCAUGUGUAAAAGACACUCAUCUUUCUUUUAUUAUUUUUUAUUUUAUUUACAUGUCGUCGUCUAUAUUUGUCUUGAUGGUAAAGGGAUGGCUGCUGCUCUAAGUAUGUGGAGAGCUAGUUUCUCUUUGAAUGCAAUGUGCAUAAUGCAGUAGGUCCUCCAAGCUCUUCUAGCUUUAGCAGUGCAGUGGUAUUUAUUUCACCUGUGGUUUGUACAAAGACUCAGAAAAACUGUCAGAAUGUAAAGGCCAUUAAGUAAUAGAAGUAGGUUUUUCACCACCCUGUGAACUCUCGAAAAUGUGAUAUUUUAUUGAUAUCUCUGGUAUGAGACUUGUGUGUGUGGUGCAAGAAAGCACUAAACAAAUUUUAUUUUAUAUUUUUUAUUGUGUUUAGAAGUUAAAAAAGGAAAAUUAUAGCAGUUGUGUUUUUGAAAAAGAAAACUCAAGUCCUUUGAAGAAAACAAACACCUUUGUGAAUAAAAAAACCUACAAAACUUAAAAAUGUAUAUCCAGAAAUAUAGACAAUCAAAAACUUCACUAUGAGAAAUGGUCAAGAAGCUAUCUUUAUUGUUUAUAAGAAUUGUACAUAAACAUUAAGUUUUUUUUUGUUUGUUUUUUGUUAAACAUUAUUUUGUAUUUUCUGUUGUACUUUAAUACCUUGUGUACAGAUCCAGAAAUAAAGCUCUGGAAAAGGUUCA